GUUCACUUUUCCUUUUUUUCUUAUUACUCUCUCUUGCCUUCUGCAUAUUCUGACCUAGCUUUUCAAUUCGGGCUAUUUAUCAUACUCAAUUCAAUGCUCCCUUUUGCACAAUUGCUUCCUUCAACACUCCUUUUAACUUCCAUUUUUUACCCUCUUCUCUCUGCAUCUUCACAAUGUCUCACCUCUAUUACAUCUUUAUCAACUUUCAUUUUUUCUAAAUUUUUCAAAUUUCAACUUUUUGAGUAUGUAUACAAUUUUUCAAGAGUUGGCCAUUUUCUCUAGUUUCUUCAAUUUCAAAAAUGGUUGCUUUGAUGUAUACAUGUUAAGGAAAUGAGUGAAGGAGAAAAGUUUGAGGUAGAUAGAAAGGAGGGUAUGGCAUUGGAUUGGAGGUUUUUGAGUGCCAACCUUGCAAAUUCAUCGGAUGGUUUGGUUUCCAUGGAAAAUUCUAUGAAUAUAAUUGGUUCUUCUUCAUGUUCUAAUUCAAUGGUUGAUUCAUAUGGUCCAAACUUCUUGGACCUUCUUCCAAAUUCUGAAAACUUAGGGUUUUGUGAUGUUAAUGCUCAUCAGAGCAAUGUGAGCUCUUCAAUCACAGAUGGAAUAAGGAAAGAUGGAUUUAGCUUUGUAAGAGUUGGUCAUGAUGAUAAUAGAACACUAGGAAUGAGUUGGAACCUAAACCUUGCUAGUUCUAUGAUGAUGAAGACGGAUGGUAUUUUACCAAAUGGAAGUUUGUCACAGUUUCCAACUGAUUCUGGAUUUAUUGAUGCCGUAAGAAUGUCAUGCUUUAGUGCCGCCGGAGGUUUCGGAGAUACGAUGAACUCGUGUGGAAUUCCCCAAUCUAUGGCUCUACAAGCUCUUGGAGGGUGUUCUAAUGAGGGUGAUAGAGGAGAAUCAAGUGGUGAUGAUGGUGUCGGUAGCCAUCAUGAUUCCCAAAUGUUGGAUUGUACAAGUGAGGAACCUUCUAUUAAAGGUCUAAACCCAAAGAAAAGGAAAAGAAAAGGGCAGGAUAAUGAUAGUGAUAAAGCCACUCGGAAGGGCAACUGUGAGAGUAGACAGAAGGGAGAGCAGCAACCAACUUCAACCACUAAGGCGGCUUCUAAGAAGAAUGCCAAACAAGGGUCUCAAGCUUCUGUCCCGACUGACGAAGGAUACGUACAUGUUAGGGCUCGCCGUGGUCAAGCAACAAAUAGUCAUAGCCUUGCAGAGAGAGUGAGGAGAGAAAAGAUUAGUGAAAGGAUGAAGUUUCUUCAAGAUCUUGUACCUGGAUGCAGCAAGGUCACUGGCAAGGCACUGAUGCUAGAUGAAAUCAUUAACUAUGUACAAUCUCUUCAACAACAGGCUGAGUUUUUAUCAAUGAAACUUGCAUCAGUAAAUCCACAUGUGGAUUUUAAUCUCGAAGAGCUGCUUCCAAAAGAUGUUCUUCAACAUCGACCUGGUCCGUCAUCUGUACUAGGGUUUCUCACAGAAAUGCCAGUGACUUUUCCUUCAUCAUUACACUCGCCUCAACCAGGACUGACUCGUUUGACUCUACCUAACAUGGCAAAUUCAUCAAAUAUACUUGAGCGGACCGUUCAACAACAGGGAGGAUUUAAAGAGGCAAAUCAGGUUAAUCCAUUGCAAGGAGCAAAGCACUGACAUUUCCUCAACACAGUUAUACAGCAUGCUAAUAGUAACCUGUGUAUUAUAUAUUAAUAUAAACUGUGUUAUAGUUUCGAUAUAUGAAAUAUUAGUUAGUACUUCUAUAGUGUUAAGGUUUGGAGAGCAGUUAUUUAACCAUAGGAAGGGAUUGACUCUAGGUUAGAGGAAGUUAAGAAGUAUUCAUGGAUGGAAUUGGGUGAAUUCUUAGAAAUACAUUUCAAGCUUGUUCAGUGUGCCUUUUACUAAAGAUGUUUUAAUCUAUUAUCUCAUAAAAAUUAGAUGUUUCUCAUUACCAGUCUAAUUUUAAGGGAUUGUUCAACAUUAAA